UUCGCGGUCACCGACAGAUUAUUCGAAGCAGAGAAAAAAAAAAAUCCAUCGAAGAAGGAGAAACCCAAAAAAAAAAAAAAAAUGGGAGCAUUUUGCAAGUUGAUCGAUGCCGUUCUCUUCUUAUUCUUCGCUCUCAUGGCGGUCGUUGCACCGCUCAUCGACGGUCAAACAACUCUUCCCGGCGCCAUUUACCCGGCGUUUCUCGUCGAUCUGUAUCGUUGGUACGGUGACGAAUUCGGAGAUUAUCUGGUCAUGGAGAAGCCGAAUUUCCUCGUCGGACUCGUCUGGCACGAGCUAUUGCUCCUCUGGCCGCUCUCGAUCGUCAACAUCUACGCAAUUCUCGCCGGGAAAUCGUGGUUCGGUACCACCUCUAUGGUGUACGGAGCUUCCCUCGUCACUUCUAUGGCUGCAAUAUUGGGAGAGAUGGUAGGUUCAGGGAGGGCAACUGAGAGAUUGUUGAUGAUGUAUGUGCCUUUCAUGGGAAUUGGUAUUCUAGCUCUUCUUCGUGGUCUUCUUUCCCAAUCCAACAAAAGCGGUGGAGCUGUUGGCAAGAGACCUGCUAAUUUGGCAAGGAGAAAGCGUGCUUGAUGUUGAGGUACUAAUCUGUAAGCAGCAAGGUUGAGUUUCUCUCUUUGUCUUAGAGAAUCUCUCUCUGCUAAAUGGAUUUUGGUUUUUUCAAGUUUUUGCAAGAGAGAAUUUUUUUACUAUUUUUCAAGUAAAUCAUGUGUUUUUAUGUUUGAAAUGAAAUUAAGUUUUA